AUGGUCUUAAAGCACAUUAUAGGCUCCCUCGCCUGUGUCAGAGUCCGGUCCCCAAGGGCCCCAGCCACAGCAGCUGUCCGGCUGAGGCCGGCCUCCAAGACCUCUGUACCCAACCCCUACCCCGCGCCCCACACACACACCUUCACGCCCCCUAACCCAGUUCCCAGCUCCACCUCCGCUGCCCAGUCAGUCCACUGCUACUACCAUAGGUCAUAUGAGACAGAAGAGGAUUUUGAUGCCUGCUGGAUGACUUACUUCAACAAGUCAGAUAUUGAUGCCUGGAAACUGCAUAAAAGGAUGAACGCGCUUGUUGGCUCUGAUCUGGUUCCAGAACCCAAAAUCACCGGUGCUGCUCUGAGGGCAUGCAGACAGCUAAAUGAUUUUGCUAGUGCAGUUAGCAUUGACAUCCUAGAGGCUGUUAAGGACAAAGCAGGACCUCACAAGGAAAUCUACCACUAUAUCAUCCAGGAACUUAGACUAACUUUAAAUGAACUGGGAAUCUCCACUCCAGAGGAACUGGGCCUUGACAAAGUGAAAAUUCCAUGGAUGGCUUCUCAAGGAUGUAUUCAUAAUGCUACUUGA